GUGGUUCCCAUCGUGGCUCCAUCUACGAGUAACCAGUAAUCAGUAAUCUUACCACAAAAAUAGUUUCACUGCCGUAAAAUGUUAUCGCUGUUUGUUCUGCUGCCAGUUGUGGCACUCGCUGGCGCCGCCUCACUGCAGCCGCACAUCCAACACCUGACAGCGCGGGAAACUGCAGUAGAAUCCCCCGUGGAGAUCUCACCACGGAUCAUUGAUGGCUACGAUGUGCAGGGUGUGGACAAUGUGCCCUACUUGGUAUCCCUGAGCCUCACAAGGGCCACCUACACGCAUCAGUGUGGCGGAGUGCUCAUCGCCAAGUCGUGGAUUGUCACAGCCGGACACUGUGUGGAGGGAGUGCGCAGCUUCAACGGAGAUAUCCUCGGCAUGCCCGUCUAUGCGGGUGUCAGCAAUCGCUCCAACGUAACCGUCGCUCAGGUGCGCCAUGUGGACUUUGCCUCCGUUCAUCGUUCGUUCAAUGGCAACGCGGGCAGCGACAACAUUGCCCUGCUGCACGUCUCCCAGCCAUUUGUGUACUCUGCUCGUGUCCAGCAGAUAGCCCUGCCCGAUGUGGAGGAGGAUUACGCCGGCAAACUGGUCACCGCCUAUGGCUGGGGCCUCACGGACGUCGAGGGCGAUGAGUUCUCCAAGCAGCUGCAGUACGCCUUUGCCCCGCUGCUGGAGAACUCCCAAUGUGAGUUGCUGCUGCCAACGGAUGCUCCUCUGACGUCCAAACAGGUCUGCUCCAGCGUCAAGACCUGCUACGGGGACGGGGGCACUCCGCUCGUCUACUGGCCCAUCGAUGGACCCGCGGAGCUGGUGGCCCUCGGCUCCUGGAGCUACAUGCCCUGCGGCUAUGCCAACCGCCCGACGGUCUACACCGCUGUCUCCUCCUAUGUGGGCUGGAUCUAUGGCACCAUUGCGGCCUAUUAUCAACUCAAUUGAAGGCGGCCCUUCGAAUAGAUCUGUUUGCGUAAUAUUUGUGCAUUAAAUUAAAGUCUUGUGA